UUGGCAGCACUAAAACCAACGAAGGCAACUAAAAUUAAUAUUUAUUUACAUUCUUUAAGCAAAAUUAAUAUAAUAAGAAGGGCGAACUGUUUAAAAUGGUUUACAUACACUUUCCAAAUAACCUGACGGAGGAGGAGCAAAUGCUGCAAGCGAAAUAUCAAAAAUUGAAGAAAAAGAAAAAGGCAUUGCAAGCCCACAAAGCGCCAAAACAGGAGCCCGAGAGCGCCUUGACAUUAAAGCGCCCAACAGACGCGCGUGAUGCACGGGAAGUAGCACGCAAGCUAAUCAAAAGUGGCGCCAUUCCCGCAAUACAAAAACAACAAACCAAACAGGACCAAACCUCAUUUAAGCGUCCCAAGGGUCAAGAGCGUGCCAAGCGGUCCACAUCGGAAACGAGCGUAGCUGCCUACCAACCCUUUUCAUCGACACAAAACGAUGUGGCGCAGGAGACAAUAAUCAGCGAAAUAAUAAAAGAAGAGCCACGCCGUCAGAAUUUAUAUCAACACUUUGCAACGGAACGGGAUCGCGAGGAGCGCGGGUUGACGGAAAAGGCGACGCUGGAUACGGCACAACCGGAAAAACCGCGAGCUGGUAAUACAAUCUUCGUGUCGGGCAACAAGGUUACGGAAGAAUUCCUUAAGAAAACGUUCAAUGACUACGGCACCAUUGUCAACGUUUCCAUGGAAAUUGAGAAGAGUCGUGGAUUUGUUUCAUUUGCAAAACCGGAAUCUGCAGAUCGUGCAAUUGCCGAAAUGCACGGCAAAAGCGUCAAUGGCAUCGUCCUCCAGGUUCAGUUGGCGCGUCGUCAGCCGCAAAUUGAGCCCAUUAACGAUGCAUCCUCCUCAGCAGUUUGGUCCUCCAUCGCGGCGAGUAAAUCACAAAAAGGAAGUCACAAGGAUCAGCGACAAAUGGUUCAAUAUAAUGAAGAUUUCUUUAUGUAAACAACUUAGCAUAGUCACACCUGUAGUUAGAUAUAUUACCUCAUUUCCUUUCCAAUUUGCACUUUAUUGUCCACUCUUUCCACAUUUUAAAUAUUGUAAGUUUAUUUUUAUUUCAUAUUCCCUUUUAUAACAAAAACAGAAAUCAUCAUAAAUAGAUUUUUGCUUUAUUGAAAAUACGCUUCUAUAAGUAUAUAUGUUAUAUAAUGUACUUACAUACGCUCACCAUCUUGCAAAGUACUUGCAUUUCAAUUGAAUUAAGUCUAAUAAAAGAAAAUUAAACGAUUCCAUCAAUUCUUGUGAAGUUAAACAAAUAUAUUGUACCUACUUUGGGUCUUAAAUAAACAACAAUCGGAUCUCUUAACAAUUGAUUUUCUUCACUUUAUCAUUUUGUGUCAAAAUUAUUACGCGUAUGCAAUAUAGAAAAAUGAGCAAACAUAUUUGUAACAUUAUAAUAAAUUCAUAAAUAAGUAGACUGUGUGUCGAUCGCCAACAAACUUGAGCCUUUUUGGGGCAAAUAAAUGAUUUACACUUAGUUUAAGUA